UGGGUGCAAGCUACCGGACAAAAAUUUGUUAUAAGUCCGGGUGAAAUUUACAAAAGAGCCCGCAUGUGCAGCCACCACUUUUUGCCCGAUCAAAUUAAGAGCUCCGGUUUGUGCAAAAGGCUGUUCCCCAACUCAUUGCCUUCUCUUAAUAUUUGUCAAGAAAGAUACACGUACGAAUCUAGUAGUGAGGAGUUGCGGGAACAUGCGUCGUCGGUUUCGGUAGCAAAAGUGGAUCAGAUGAAAAUUGACCUUUCACCAGAAGUUACUAAUACCACCGUUGACCUGUCUUUUUCCUCUCCAGAAAAAGAAAACGUGGAAUUAUCGACAAUGUGGUUUUAUAGUCCACGAAAAAGAGUAACUCCAGUCGAAGGCUACUCAAAUCAACAUUACAUCAGGAAAACUUCGUAUUUUACCUAAGAUUAGAUGUUCACUGCAUCCUAUCAUGGCUAGGACAUUUAGUUUUCAACAACAAUCAGC